AUGUCUUGGAUAGGUGUUCUAGAUAAGGAGAGCACUAGGCAGGCGGGUGGGGCCACUGUAGAACUAUCUGCGGGGUGGGGGUUGGCGGGAGAGGCGCGCGGCGGGGGCUGCGGGGUGCAUGUGCAGUUGCAGAGGGUGUGGCCGGCGCGUCAUUGGCCCGGGGUUACUCGCGGAGUGAUAACCUCCGUGAUAACGGCACGGACCGCGACGCCCACCGCGCGGCGGCUACGUGCUCUACGCGCUCUCGUUGCCACUGCCCGCCGCUGCCCUCUCCUGUCGCGUACGAGUGACGCGUUGGCCAUUCACCAAUGUUGCCACGCAGUGCCCUCUGCGGCCGUUUCGCGUACGGCCAUUGCGCCCCCGCGCAGUGCCUGCGGGGUGGUGGCCUGCUGCGGUACGUGCGUGGCGGCUUUCGCAACAUACCCCCACGGUACGUUAUUUGGUAACGCAACGGGGCCUUUGUUGCGACGGCUACCCACCCAACCGCCGCCGUGUGCAAGCGCUACGCUGGCGAAUGGCGAGCGGGUGGCGGAGAGCCCCGCGGGCGGAGGACGCCCGCCAUCUGCGGGCGAUGAAUCACUGGUGACGCCGCCGGCCGUCGGCCGUUGGCGCGCGCUGCGCUCACUCACUCGCCCGGCCUCACUCUCUGCGCUCGAACGGAACGUACGCGUCGCUUAUUGUGCGACAUUCUUGUCGCGCUCGCCAGUUGUCUCGCGAGUUCCGUUCCGAACUCUAUCGUGCGACCAGUGUUGG